CACAACGGCGACGGAGCGAACUAGUUUUGCCGAAACUCGUUGGCCGAAGUUUGUGGAUGAUCAUCUGUUUUGUAUUGGAUUUAUCAUUUGUUACCUUCUUCGAACGAAAUGGCAUCCCGCGCAUUAUUACAACAAUGUGCGGGUGCGAUUAGCAAAAAUAAUCCUGGAAUAAUCAGGAUGCUUUCGAGUAAGACCAAAGAACUGGGGAAAGUGCCCGAUAUAGCGAAACGCAAAAAUCUCGAGGACGUCUUACGCUCUGCCGAUGAGAAACAAUAUCUGCAAGCUGUAAAGAGCACCAUUACCGUGAGUGUCGAUGAAGACAUUGGUUAUGUAUCCGGGGUUCCCGAGGAACACAUCAAGACUCGUAGAGUACGGAUUUAUCAGCCUGCCAAGAGUGCUAUGCAAUCUGGAACAAAUAAUAUUCACUUCUGGCAAAUAGAUUUUGAAACACGUGAGCGUUGGGAGAAUCCAUUGAUGGGAUGGACUUCCUCUGGGGAUCCCAUGUCAAACAUCAAUGUUGACUUUACCAGCCAGGAAGAGGCAAUUGCACAUUGCAAGAAGAUGGGAUGGGACUACUACAUUCAGAAGCCGAAUGUGAAUCAGCCGAAGCCGCGCACUUACGGGAUGAACUUCUCUUGGGACAAACGUACCAGAGUUUCUACUAAAUAGUUCGUACACAGAAAGUUUAGAUCAAUCAUUCAGAGGGUAACGAAGACGAGCGUGACGUAAUCAAUUGUAAUCACGCUUGCGAGAGGCCCCUUUAAGAGAUAAAUGUGUAUUAUAUUGCAAAUAAAAUGUGUAUAUAUUUAACGCGA